CCUGCUCCUUCCCUGCCUCCCUUUGGAACUGCUGGAUUGCCUCUCACGUUUCCAUGGUGAUCCCUAUGGCUACCCGGGCUACCCAUUGCUGCUCCAGAAUUCUCUACUUGAGCAGAGCAGCUCUCCCCUCAGCCUAUUUAGAACACCUCCCUUUUUUACUAUGGUGUGCUUGAGAUCUGCAAAACCCAACGCUGGCCAGUCCACACAGGUUCUGAAAAGGAGCCAGCCGCUGGCAAACCUACACAGCUGGCAGAAUGCAGCUCAACCCUCUGUCUUGGGACACCUGGAGACACGGACACCACGGUGCCUGCCCCACGCCCAUUGAAAGGGAUCAUCCCUUGACUCUCCAGGACCCUACUGCCAACUGUUUUUACUACAUUCUCUCUCCUGAGAACAGAAGCUCCUACCUGCUUGACAACUCUUCCAAUUCCAUCCAGCCAGAGUCCCUGGCUGCCCCCAUGAGACUGGAGGAUAGUGCCCCCGGUGUUCAGAAGCAUCAACAGCCUGAGGUUGCUCUCCAGAGGCUGGAAGGGAAGGAAAUCGCCCCAACAGAUGUUAAAUACCGCUUGCAGCUGCUCGAAGAGGCUCCAUCCCAGAGAAACAGCUCAAAUGGACAAGGCCAGCACCACAAGCCGGGAUGGAUCCCAUUCAGCAAAUCCCACAGAGAAUGGUUCAAGCCCUGGAAGAUGGAAGAUGUGGCAUAUCACAGGGACGAGCCCUCCCAUUCAGGUCACAUGCAGGGCAGAAGAACAGCACCAAGAGGACACCAGAGCCACAUGGAGUAUGUCAGCCAGGACCAGAGUAACACCCAAGUUCCAAUGUGGAGUCAAGCCCUCUCACUUGGUCUAGACAAGAGCAGUCAGGGGAAUGUUCAAUCCGCACAGUGUGUGCCAAGGGAAAUGGCACCUGGCUGGCCCACGACCCACGCACACCAGGAACUGAGCCAGACAAAGCCUGGGACAGCGAGUAUGGGGACAAAGAGCACCGCCAAGUUUGAUGAAGCCACAACAUCCAGGAUGGCCUGUCUGCCACCUCUCAAACUCCUGCCGAGAAGAGUCCAGAGCAAGUGGCCCCCGCACACACCUGGAAUCUUCCAAGGCAAAUCCCAAGCCGAAAUGACGGGCAAGCACUUCUUCCAGCACUGGAGGGCUCAGCCCCAAGGACACUAUAGAAGCAAUGAAAAACCCCUGGUGCCAUUUGAGGAUCAAGUCCACACCAGGCUCACCUACAUGCCCUUGUUUACUGGAAGAGUGAAGCUGUAUAAGCCCAAAAGCAAAUGACAUCAAACACAAGACCAACACUUUCUCAACUGAGCAGGAAAAAUCAAUCAGGACAGCGCCAGAAUUUUGGCCUCAAAAAGAGAACAUCUGGAGAAAGAGACUGGCUGAAUAACCUCUAGGGAAACACCAGAGAAGCUGUGCCUGUAGUCCCAGCACUCAGCUGAGACAAGAUUGCUGUAAGUUCCAGACUCAGCUCUUAGACCAGUUGCCACCAUUCUUACUACCAUCCACGUGAUGUCUCAUGAUGCCAGCAGGGCACGGGUGAGUCAUGUCUUUGGGAAGGAAUGCUGUCCCAUGUCUCAGAAGGGCAAGCGUGUUCCAGAAGACCUGAGAGGGAAGGUCAGUAAUUUCUCUAAUCAAUGAGGCCAUGGCAAAGCACCCAGGCUUCUCAAGAAAGCACCUCCAAUGAAUUAUAUUCUGCUCAAGC